GUUUAAAUCCCACACAAUCAAUCAUCUUUUUCACGUACCUCUCUUCAUCCAUUCUUUCUCUCUCUAUAACAACAACAAAGAAGAAGAAGAAGAAGAAGAAGAAGAAGAAAGAGAUUGAUUUUCAAAUUUUAAUUCAUACUUCUUUGAAUCUCUUUUUCUUCUUCUUUGAAUCAACGAUUGAUAUUCCUUUUCUAUUUCAAUUUUAAUGGCGACGAUGAACAGUGGAUACUCAAGCAAUUCUCCGGCUGUUCUUCCGGCGAAACAAAACGUCGCUCCUGCUAAAGCCGCUGAUACACAAUCUGUUCUUAAAAGAUUGCAGUCUGAACUAAUGUCCCUUAUGAUGAGUGGUGAUCCAGGAAUAUCAGCAUUUCCUGAGGAAGACAACAUAUUCAGUUGGAAAGGGACAAUUGAAGGAAGCAAAGAAACUGUUUUUGAAGGCACUGAAUACAAACUUUCACUUACUUUUCCGGCAGAUUAUCCCUUUAAACCACCUAAAGUGAAGUUCGAGACCGGUUGUUUCCACCCUAAUGUGGAUGUUUAUGGAAACAUUUGUUUGGACAUCCUUCAGGACAAAUGGUCUUCUGCUUAUGAUGUAAGAACUAUAUUGCUCUCUAUCCAAAGUCUGCUUGGAGAGCCUAAUACCAGCUCACCAUUAAACACACAAGCAGCCGCACUUUGGAGCAAUCAAGAAGAAUAUAGAAAAAUGGUGAAAAAGCUUUACAAGCCAUCAACAGUUUAGGAUUGGUGAGUGUUAGAUGUUAGAUGAUGAUAAAGUUGGGUGGUUUGGGAGCACAAUUGAUUGAGUGUUCAAACCAAAAGACAAAAUUCUACCUGUUUACAACGAUUGUGCCAAUCAUUUGUUCUGUUGCGCAAGUGAAAAGUAUUGUUCUAUGGCAAUUCACAAUAUAUUUUUUUCUUUAAUAACCAAAAUUUGUGUUACGCCUCCACUUUGUUUAUGUUAGAAAGAUACUACGAAUUUUAGGAUGUACCUUUAUGUUUUAAAUAUAAUAUACUCCUUGAGUGCUACUGGUUUUGCUGGUGGUUGUUUCAAUUGUAGUCUCUACACUUUCUUAACAAGUUAUAUCUUUAAAUAUGCUUAAAUUAUUAUUGUGCAAAA